AUUCGUCAUUCGUGUAGUAGCAGACGCUCGGACGGUUGUUGUAGUCACUUGUGGCUUCUGACAGAAAACGCGCAAGGAGAAAUUUGGUGUGCGCAUUUUGUAACGGUAACGUAAGCUCCGCCCCUCUCUUUGAUAGAAAACUGUGAUGUCGCUUGGCUGUUAACAAGCUUGACCCACAAGCCAGGCAAGGAGGCGGAAAUACCUCAAAUUAACGGAAUAUUCUGUAAGGGGAGAUUCGUACGAGAAGCUCAGCUGGAAGAGGACUAUCACCACUAUUGAAUCCCCUUGCAGGCAGCCGUUGCUGAAGGAGACCCCCGAUUGCACUGUCAGUUCUUCUCGCCUUGUCCAUCCUCCUCUUUCUGGGCUUGGUGCUUCAUUGACCUUCUACCAAUGAACAACUAAAGCUUGACCUCUGACCUUGGCACGAUAUCUCACCACUUCUAUCAAACCACGCCCACAGUGUGUAUGGAGCAGUGUGAGAGCGCAGCAGCUCUGCUGGAGUCGGUCAGGGAGCAGGAGAUGCAGUUUGAACAGCUGACUCGGGCGUUGGAAGAGGAGAGGAGGAGAGUGGGCCUCCCCGCCACCAGCCCUUCAGCGCUGGGUCGCCCCCUCCCUCACACACAGAACGGCCGUGUAGGGGAUGCAGACAUAGAACGCCUGAAAUUGACAGACUCCUACAUAAACGGCACACAGUACAGGAUGGUGGACCCAGCACACAGCACUCUAGAUGAGAGCUACACCCCAGAGGAUGACUCUCAUGAAGCACACUCUGUUUUCUCUGAAGAAGGAACCACACGGCGGCCAGACAAUGGGCUGAAGAAGCCACUCUCACGCAUAGUCCUGCCGACAGACUCCAUGUCCAUCGACGGCGGCAUGUCGAUGUCCGGUAUGGGUGGCUACAGCGCCACACUGGACCGUCCAUACAGGCACAUGGGAGGAGGGGACUACCCCACUGCCACGGUGCCCAGAAACUACCACUACGGCCCUGUAGGGGGUUACGAUGACUACAGGGGAGGACCACCAUCGGAGGCGUACACAAGCCUGAGCCGGGGCUCACACAUGGAUGAUCGUUACAGGCCCGUUGAUGGCUACAGAACUCUGGAUUCUGGUUACCGGGCCCCAAGCCGCCAGCAGAUGGACCCCUAUGCAGCACAGCCCCAGGUGGGCAGGGGAAUGAGGGCCAUGGGCUCUGCAAUGGAGAUGCGAUACGGUCACGGUCAUUACGGUCUGGAAGAUGACCAGCGCAGUGUGGGAUAUGACGACUACGGUAUGGGGCCUCCACCCAUGCACCCCGGUGGUUAUGGCACCAUGCCACGUCUGGGACCUGGCCCUGGUGGUAUCGACAGACGAAGACUCAGAAGCUGCGAAGAUACUCUGGAUGGUGAUAUGGGAGGAGUUGAUCCAUAUGCCUGGGUUCCCAUGUCCAUGGAGCGGGGAAGCAUGGCUUCGUUAGACAGCACACUGAGGAAAGGUCCUCCUGCCUCAUGGAGACAACCAGAGCUGCCGGAGGUGAUCGCCAUGUUGAACUACCGCUUGGAUCCCGUCAAAACCAACGCAGCUGCCUUCCUCCAGCAUCUCACAUUCAAAAAUGACAAGGUUAAAUCAGAGGUGCGGCGUCUGAAGGGUAUACCAGCCUUAGUGUCGCUGCUGGAUCACCCCAGCAAAGAUGUGCACCACUCCGCCUGCGGGGCACUAAAGAAUAUCUCAUAUGGACGAGACCCAGACAACAAGAUUGCCAUCAAGAACUGCGAUGGCGUGCCAGCUCUCAUCCGAUUGCUGAGGAAAACCCACGACCAGGACCUUACUGACACCAUCACUGGCACACUUUGGAACCUGUCAUCCCACGAUUCAGUAAAGAUGGAGAUUGUGGACCACGCCUUACAUGCUCUGGCAGAUGAGGUGAUAGUGCCUCACUCGGGUUGGGAGCGCGGGAGCAACGGAGGAGAAGAAAGCUGCAAACCACGCCAUCUGGAGUGGGAAACCGCCUUGACCAACACUGCUGGCUGCCUGAGGAAUGUGAGUUCAGAGCGCAGCGAGGCCCGGAGAAAGCUGAGAGAGUGCACCGGAUUGGUCGAUUCUCUGAUGUACAUCGUUCAGUCACAGAUCAACCGCAAAGAUGUGGACAACAAGUUGGUGGAGAACUGCAUGUGCCUCUUAAGAAAUCUGUCCUAUCAAGUCCACCGUGAGGUCCCCAGCUGUGAUCGCUAUGCAGAGGCCGUGCCCCUCAACAACGGACCUGCACCUGGAUCGAACAAGGGUGGCUGCUUUGGCUCUCGAAAGGGCAAAGAUGAGUGGUUUUCAAAAGGAAAGAAAGAUGGAGAUGAUGGAAGUGCAGACCAAGUUGACAUUCCAAAGAGGACAACGCCCGCCAAAGGUUAUGAGCUGCUGUUCCAACCAGAAGUUGUACGAGUUUACACAUCGCUGCUCAGAGAGAGCAAGAACCCCUCAGUGCUGGAAGCUGCUGCCGGGGCCAUCCAGAACCUGUGUGCAGGUCGAUGGACUUUUGGUCGUUACAUUCGUGCCACUGUGCGUCUAGAGAAGGGUCUUCCCAUGAUGGCUGAGCUGCUGGCUCACGGCAAUGAUCGUGUGGUAAGGGCAAUGUCUGGAGCCUUGAGAAACCUCGCCAUCGACAACCGGAACUGUGAACUUCUUGGUUUGCAUGCUGUGCCACACCUUGUGGCCAAUCUCCCUGGAGGCCAAUCUGGACGUGCUCUGUCAGAGGAGACGGUGGUGUCUGUCUUGAGCACGCUGGCUGAGGUGCUAGGCAUCAGUUUGGAAGCGGCAAAGACCCUCAGAGCCUCGCAGGGCAUCGAGAGGCUUGUGCUUAUUAACAAAGAUGGCAAGCGCUCUGAUCGUGAGGUUCGAGCGGCGGGCCAGGUGCUGCAGCUCGUCUGGGCCCACAAGGAGCUGCGUCGUCCUCUGGAGAAAGACGGUUGGAAGAAGUCAGACUUCCAGGUCAACCUAAACUUCAACACCGCUAAUGGACCAAGCACCCGAGCCAACGGCACCUAUGGAGAGACUACCACACCGCUGCUGGACAGAGGGGAGAAGCGAAACAUGAUUCCACUAAAUGACCUCGGCUCUGAGGCUUACUCAACACUGGACCAGAGGGAGAGGAGACACACUCUAGACGACACAACAGACACUUUACCGAGAGGGGUGUAUGGGGGAAGAAAGGGCUCCCUGCCUCUGUUGGACUCCUAUGAUGGUUAGCCCUCCCCCCUCUACCCCCCCUCUCUGCAUGUAACAGCAUGAAAAACUGAUCGUGUGCAUCACCCAGACUGGGCCGUCCCUGCCUGGCUACUGAGGGAAGGAGGGUCCACGUGCACACAUUCCCUGCCCUUCCUCUUCCUUGUACCAUCUCCCACUGGACCAAUGAGACGAGGAGACGACUGUUUGGCAUCCAAAGAACGUGGUUGUGUUGCAGCUUCAAGAAGUUGCAACACCAAGUCAUACUUUUAUUUCUUUUUUAUUUUUUACAAUUUUACCGUAGCAGCAGAACUCUACUUUGUAUUAAGUUAUAAAUCUAUAAAGGCAAUCACCUUUGUUGACAAUCAUUUGAUUCUGGUGUUCUGCUUUUGCCGCCUCUUUGCUAUUAUCAACAUUGUGUUCAAUUUAUGUUGCUGCCUGCUUAACGAGGAAGUUCUGAGUAGACUUUUCAGUGUAGGAUAUAUAUAUAUAUAUAUAUAUAUAUAUAUAUAUAUAUAUAUAUAUAUAUAUAUAUAUAUAUAUAUAUAUAUAUAUAUAUAUAUAUAUAUAUAGUGUGUGUGUGAAAAUGGAGGAAAAAAAUGAUGACUGCAUUAAUGUUGGCCUUUAUUUAAAUCGUCCCAUCGUGGGGCUUGUUGGGAGGGCGGGGUGCGGCCAUCAGACCCGACUGGUCGCCCUGUAGAAAUGGAGAAUGUUGUUUGUAUAGGAGUCUUGUGUAGAAUUAUAUUCUCCAUGUUGGGAUUGGCACAGAUGUACACAGGAAAGAGCAGAUGUUUUUAUUUGUUAUACAGUGAAUGUGUGUGAGGGGAGAAGCACCUAUGGAUGGACCUUUUUUUUUUUUUUUCCUUUUCUUUUAAAUUACCUUUUUUUUAUGCAAGCGCAGACCUGAAACAGAAGAACACGCAUUGUUCAGUUUGUGCUCAUGUCUGUCAACCUUGUUCUUCUGUUAUUUUUUCUUGUGGAUUUUUUUUUUUUUCACGUGUGUGAAAAAGACUCAUCUUACAUUGAAGAAUUCCACAUCUGGCUUGAUGACAGUGGGAAGUGAAGCUGGCAAUAAGUGCUCACUUAACCACCACCACUAAUACUUAAUCACUUAUUCUUGCAUCAGCUAUUUAAGAUUCAUUUACAUUCUCAUUGAAGCAUUCAGUCUCCCACCCCCCCCAAAAAAGACUAUGCGAGGUUUAUUUGCUUAGAGGAGACUCGAGUCUGUACAGUUUUAGCGUAGAAGUCGGACAAGAUGCAUAUUUUUGUCAUCCUUUUUGUUUUGUUUUUUUUACCUGCCUUUUCCAUGUAGUUUAUUUGUAAUUUACCUGCUUUGUGACAAUGAUGGGUGAGAUCGUUAUGCAAUUUGUUUUCCAGCUUUCUUUAAAUUCUCCCUUCCAGUUCUCCACACAUGGUAUAUUUGUAAUGUUGCCUAUCCAUGUACAAUGACUAUGUACCAUUCAUACCUGCCUGCCUUUGACAAGUUGUUUUUUUUUUUAAAUAAAGUUAUGUAACUGGUUAUACUGAUGGUUUUAUAAAUAAAAAUCUUUUCUUACAGUA